UCUCCUUUACCUAUUCGCCCGUUCUUCAUAACAAUUAACUACACCAAACUCGUCUACUCUUGCACUUGCCCUGGUUUUCCACCGCUAUGCCCGCCGCGAUCAAGCAUUUCUCAGCCGCCGCUGCAGACCCGCACAUCAUCCACCAAUACCUCAAAGCCGACGGCGUGGUAAUUGUGGAGGGUGCCACCACACGUGAGACCACUGAUACCAUCCUGGAGGAAGUCGGCUCUGUUCCUGAUGGGCAGACCUAUGCCCUAGCAGCCAAGAGUACGACUUUUGCGACCCAGCUCCUGAUGAACCCCCUCUACCUCGAUCUCACCAAUCGAAUCCUUACCGACGCGUGCAUCAUAUACUAUGAGCAGGAGCGGACGGUGUCGAUUUCGGAGCCCCAGGUUUCGCAGACCUCAAUUUUGUCUGCCCAGCCAAACAGCCUCCCCUGGGGCCUCCGCCGUCAAGACGAAUGCCACCACAUCUCCCACCCAGCCAAGCGCGAAGCCCAGCUCGGGAUCAUGUACGCUGCGCAUGAUCUCACCCGCGAUAACGGUGCGGUACGCGUGGUCAUCGGGUCCAAUCACUGGACCGACUCGCGGGACCCCAAGCCCGAGGACGAAUAUCUCGUCGAGUUGCGCAAAGGCGACGCUUUAAUCUGGUUGGGCUCCACCUACUUUGGUCGCGCGCCCAACGUCACCGAUCAGAAUAGCGUGCUCUUGAGUGCGACCGCGACCGCGGGAUACCGCCGCCAGGAGGAGAAUCAAUACCUCGCGGUCCCGUGGGAGGUGGUCGAGAGAUACCCGACGCCGGUGCAGCGGUUCCUGGGCUAUGCGGUGAGCCGGCCGUACGGCGGGUCCGUCGAGCACAUGGAUCCCUUGGAUUUUAUGAAGGUCAAGGGGGACUGGUCGAAAUACGUCCCCGUAGAUUUGAUUUGAACUGUCAUUUGGCCAGCCGUUGAUGAUAUAGGAAAUAAUAGCCUCAACGACAGCCCAAUCGCUCUCGAAUUUUGAUAGAAUGACAAACCACAAUUGCUGGGAUGCGAGUCAAUCACGGACAAUGUAUUCAGUCGCGGUCUCGGCUGCCGCUUUCCAACGAGGCCAGACGGGUUAAAAUAUGGGACGCAUGGUAGAAAAAAAUGCAGGAAACUCCCUAGGACGGGCUAAGAAUAUUCUCAAAGAUAGCCUCGAUGAUAGCUUGGAGUAGGCUGGCUAAGUUCAUAGUAACAAGCACACGGAUGUAGAUAAUAUUUAGCUAAGAUAUAGCAUUCAAUGGAAG